UCAAUUAACGCACAGCGCUCGCAACGGUUCUGGGUGUGAUGCGCUGGGUUUCUAUUCCAGCCUAGCAGCGUGUGUUGGUAUCAAGGGUUUAAUUGCGUUGAGAGCCGUGUUGUACGUUAGGCUGGGAGGGAUUCGGAAGACGGAGAAGCAUGUUGGUUCUUUUUGAAACGGCGGCGGGGUUUGCCCUGUUCAAGCUUUUGGAUGAGAAGAAACUCAAGUCAACAGAAAAUUUGUUUGAAGACUUUGAGACACCUGAAAAGGCUGGCAAAAUUGUUAAGCUGAAGCACUUCCAGAAGUUUGCUGACACCACUGAGGCACUGGCUGCCAUUACUGGUGUCAUUGAGGGCAAGAUGAGCAAGCCACUCAAGAAGCUCUUGAAGAAGGUGGACGUGCAGGAGGAACUUGCACUCUCAGAUGCCAAGCUUGGCAACCUGAUUAAGGAGAAGUUGGAUGUGCAGUGUGUGGCUUCAUCCAAGGUCAAUGAGCUGAUCCGGUGCAUCCGGUCUCAGGCAGACAGUCUGAUCACUGGGCUGUCGGCCAAGGACGCCACUGCCAUGCGUUUGGGACUCGCUCACAGCUUGUCGCGUUACAAGCUCAAGUUCUCGCCAGACAAGGUGGACACGAUGAUCGUACAGGCUGUUUGCCUGCUGGACGAGCUGGACAAAGAGCUCAACAACUACGUGAUGCGGUGCCGCGAGUGGUACGGCUGGCACUUCCCCGAGCUCAGCAAGAUCAUCACGGACAACAUCGCCUUCGUCAAGGCGGUCACCAAGAUGGGUAUGCGGACAAACGCACUGGAGACGGACUUCUCGGACAUUCUGCCCGAGGAGGUGGAGGCCAGCGUGCGGAAGGCGGCCGAGAUUUCCAUGGGCACUGAGAUCUCCGAGUCUGACAUCGAGAACAUCAGACAUCUGUGCGAGCAGAUUCUGGAGAUCACGGAGUACCGAGCUCAGUUGUCUGAAUACCUGAAGAACCGGAUGGCCGCGGUGGCCCCCAACCUCAGUGUGCUGGUCGGCGAUAUCGUAGGCGCCCGCCUAAUCUCGCACGCAGGCUCACUGAUGAAUCUGGCCAAGCACCCGGCCUCGACGGUGCAGAUACUGGGCGCCGAGAAGGCGCUGUUCCGCGCGCUCAAGACCAAACACGACACGCCCAAGUACGGCCUCAUCUACCACGCCCAGUUCGUCACGCACGCUAGCAGCAAGCUCAAGGGAAAAGCGUCCCGGAUGCUGGCCACCAAGGCGGCGCUGGCGUGCCGCGUGGACGCGCUCGGCGAGGACGCCAACGCCAACAGUGAGCUGGGCGUCGAGCACCGCGCCCGGCUGGAGGCGCGGCUGCGCGCGCUCGAGGAGGGCGGCAGCACACGCAUCUCCGGGUCCGGCCGCAAGGCGGCCAAGUUCGACUCGUACCAGAACACUAGCGAGAUCAGGCAGUACUCGGCGGCGGCCGACUCGACCAUUCCCAGCUCGGUCAAGCGCAAAAUGGCAGACGGCGAGGAAGGCUUCCCAAAGAGGCCAAAGUCCGAUUCUUCCGUGAAGACCGAACCAGAAGACAUGGACGGCUCUUAUGCCGAAGCUUCCAGUGAGAAGAAGAAAAAGAAAAAGAAGAAGCACAUGGAAGCUGGAGGCGACGCGGCCGCCUCGUCAGACACGCCCGUCAAAACCGAGGACAGCGACGAGGAUGCGGCCCCGAAGAAAAAGAAGAAGAAGCGCCUCUCUGAAGCGGCGGGCGACGCAUCUAUGAAUUUGACAGAAGAAGAGGUGGCCACCCCAUCUGAGGGCAAGAAGAAGAAGAAAAAGAAGAGCAAGAGUGAGUCGAAUGACGGAGAUAUGGCUGAUCUUGACACAACUCAGGAGAUGGAACCAGAAGUAAGCAGCGAGAAGAAGAAAAAGAAAAAGAAGGCCAAGUAGGCCAGAGGUAACACUCGAAUUAUCAGGCAGAUGCCGUUCCUCGAGUUUGUGAACAGUGGCUGUCGUGUUGAGGAACAUACGUGGCCUUUGGAUCCGUUUAUGACGUCAUCACUGAUCAGUCGGUGCGUUGGUUUGGGCAGGAAGCGGGCCGUGCUGCCAUUGUUCGAAAUGACGAGGUCAUCAGAAGUUGUGACUCAUGAUUUCUCGGCGAAAUAUACAUCGGUAUAGAG